UAAUAGAGUUGUUGAAGGCCUUUCUAAGAUAUUGCAUAACACAGUCCCCAGUGAAGGCAAUCAUAACUUCUCUUCUAUAGAUCCAGAAUUACUUUCGGAAAAUGAACAUUUUCAUGACACUCAUUCAUCGAAGAAGAGAAAAGAAGCUGCCUUCACAAUUGAUCCGGUCACAGGCACCAUAAAAGUCAUGCAGCCCCUAGAUCGCGACCCGCCUCACGGGCGUGCAACGUGGCGCUUGGUGGUGACCGCGUCAGACGGGGAGCUGCAAGCCGACACCGAAGUUGUGGUCAACCUCAAAGACAUUAACGACAACGCACCCGUGUUCCUUACUGCACGUGUCGAGGCUACGGUUAUUGAGAACUCUCCUAACGGCACGCCUGUAGUCACGAUAACAGCCGAAGACUUCGACGACAAGAACGAAGGGUCCAAUUCUAAGCUGAUUUACUCGUUGCAAAAGAAUGCUGUGGACGAAGAAACUGGCCUGGCAAUUUUCACCGUCAAUGCUUCGACAGGCAGUAUCAGCACAGCCAUGUGUUGUCUGGACAGAGAACGUGCGAGUCAUUACAGCCUAACUGUUGCUGCUACAGAUGGAGGUGGAUUGCAAGGUUCCUGUGAAGUUUUGGUGUUAGUGGCGGAUGAGAACGACGUUCCUCCGCGGUGGGGGCGAGCGGAGUGGACAGUCGAGGUUACCGAGGGCGCGCCCCUCGACCAGGUUCUCGCUACCCUCACUGUUAAGGACCCCGACACUCGCAACAGUUUGGCCUACAGGGUAGCUCCGUAUAGUGGGAGGGGCUGGCAGAUGGUGAAAAUAGAAAGGAGAACAGCUGGUGAUGGCGCUGAGCUCAGGAGUCUGGUCCCUCUUGAUUAUGAAAACCCUGACCUGAAGGACGGCUUGAGAUUCCAAGUUCAAGUCACCGAUCAGGGAACGGAUGCAUGGGAGAACAAGUACAGGGUGGGCGAAGCAACCGUCAUAGUGCGCAUAUUAGACGUUAACGACAACGCUCCAUCAUUCGAAAAUGUUCAGCAAAGCGUGCGGAUCAGCGAAGACGCGCCACUUGGAACGGUGGUGGCCAAAGUGCCUGCCUUCGAUCUGGACCAAAACAGGAAUGGCUUGAUUCGCUACAACCUCGCUGGUAGGAGAGGAUCAAGCCCUCACUUCGGCAUCGACCACACAGGGACCAUCAGGACCAUCGGCCUAGUGGACAGAGAGGCCAUCAGCAAGCACAGCCUAGUGGUUCAUGCCACUGACCACGGAGUGCCGCCACGCCAGUCGUCCGCUACUGUAACUACUAAACCUUGCGUUGCAGUGACGCAGCUCAUGAGCGGCCAGUCGGUUCAGUUCAGCCAGAAGAAUUACGUAGUCCAGGUCUCUGAGGCGGCCGCCCCGGGCACCAUACUUCUACUACAGGCAGUUUCUCCUGACGAGGAUGCGGCCGUGCUCUACAAGCUUGCGAGCGACAGCGCUUUCCCUCUUUUUCGAGUGGACGCUCAGUCAGGCGCCCUGGAGCUGCUUGGUCCCCUCGACUUCGAGUACCAAACUCAGCACAACCUGACGGUUAUAGCAACGAGCAAGGAUGGCAAGAUCGGCAGCAACGAAGCUCACGUGACAGUCGAGGUGCUUGACGCCAACGAUCACUCGCCAGUCUUCGCCGUCCA